AUGAGAAAUCGCUUACUCAAUAAGUUCCAGAGGCAAGAAUCUUUGACAGAAGAACCAUUGGUGAAUAUAUCAAGAGCUGAUGAUAUCUACCAGGAAUCUUUGUCAUCAUUUAUUGGGAAACUCUUGCAGGAGCAUCUCAAACCAAAUAUAUUGUCUUCUGAAACCUGUUUCCAUCUUCCAAUUUCCAAAUUAAAUGUCAAUUCUGCUAAUCAAAAUGAAACCAUCAACAAGAUACAAAAAGCAACCUUGUAUCAAUACAAUCCGGUGACAUAUGUGUGGUCAGGCCAGGACACAAUCGUCUGUACUGGUAAAGAAUUGACUCUUGGAAAGGGGAAAAAAGGAUCAUUUCGAAAUGUCUAUCAAAUCACAUUCUUACAUCAGGAUGAACCAUUGGGAAAAUAUGUGAGCAAACGUUAUCGUCAACAGAGGGAACCUCUGCAGUACAUGGACGACGUUGUUUCUCAGAUGCAAGCUGGGCUCUAUUCAGGUGGCAAAUUGAUGGUAUCAGAUCUACAGGGUUGGUUACCAAGUGGAACUCAAAAUUUGAUCUAUCUGACUGAUCCCCAGUUUCAUACAGACUCAGGGGACAGCAGCCCGUUUGAUUUUGGUCAGGAUGGAAUGAAAGUGUUUUUUGACGUUGUCCACCCAGAAUGUAAUGAGAUAUGUAAAACUUUGAAGUUAGAGAGACCAAAGUUGUGA